UCAGCGCAAUCACAUCGAAUAUGUAUUUACAAUAACGGCAACGAUAAAAUUUCAGGACGUCGAAAAGUUGGGAAUGUAAUUGAGUUUCACUUUUGGAGGAAGAAAUUUCCAUAAUGUGUCACUGGGUCAAGGUCAAGGUCAAGAACCCAUAACGGAAGAAGCCAUAGAAUUUUCAGCGAACGAAGAUCGCUGAGGAAGUGAUUGUCUACAUUAGAAAAAAAGAUGGAAGAAUGCUCGAAGAAUCCACAUGAUGAUUGUCAAUUGUUCAUUAGUGCGGAACCCAAUCCUGAUCCUCCUGAAUCAAUAAUACCUCAGGGUAUACUAGAAUCGGUCAUAAAGAUCACGAACGAACCACCAUCUGGAAUUCAAGCAAAUAUCCACAAAGCGUUGGAUAACUUUGCCCAGGAAACUUUGGAGUCCUGCAGCGAAGAAACCGAAUUUAAAUUCGCACUUUGUUAUUAUCACGCUGCACUUGCAAAACGUAGAAAAUUUGGGCCGCGAGAAUGGAAUAGGGUAAGUGACUUUAAAUCUUAAUGGAUCAUAACGUUAAAUUAGAAAUUAUGGAUCGAAGAUUUGUAAAUAUCGAAACAAUGAGAGAUAGCAAAAACAAUGUUUACGAUAUCUUGUGUAAUGUAAUAACUUAAAAUUAAUACUCUUUAACAGAUUUUGUAUUGAUCAUAAGACAUAUUUGGAAUAUAUUUUUCAACUGUGACAUAAUUUAAAACGUACUAUAACUGUCUUCCUUGUAAUCAAAAAUUAAAUUAGGAAAAGCUAUUAAUAAGAUAAAGCAUUAGU